CAAACCGCGGGGGGGAAAGUUCGCGUCUAGAUCUCGUCGAAGCUAGAUACUCUAGCUGGCAGCCACUCGAAAUUCCAAAUACCCGUCCCCGUAGCCACGAGAUGGCCGGCACAACUCAGACUGCACCGGCGGCAUCACCGGACUAUCCGCCGCACAUACUGAACCACAUAGCGCAGAUCCAAGAGCAGACGCGUGCGAGAUCGGGAUCGCUGUCGAAUUCAAACAAUGGCACGAGCCCUUCCGGUCCAUCCGAUGGGGGCUCGUCGUCGCAACAGUCCAAUACGAGUCCGUUCUUUGAAUUUCUGAAGAUUCAUACUAGUCGCAACAAAGUGAUUCCGCCAGGAGAUGGCGAUAAACCCAAACGCAGAGGCCCCAAACCGGACUCCAAACCCGCCUUGACUCGGAAGCAGGAGCUCAACAGACAGGCACAGCGAACGCAUCGCGAGAGGAAAGAAAAAUACGUCCGUUCGUUGGAAGAGGAUGUCACCCGACUUCGAGAAGCUUUCACCAUCAUCACGAAGGAGAAGACGCAGAUCUUGCAGGAGAACCGGAGACUGAAAGAGAUAUUGGAGCUUCACGGCAUCGUGUACAAUCCCGAUGAUGAGCACUCUCCACGCACACCGUACCAGCAACAACAGUACCAACAGUCAAACCAGAUGCCCGGGAAUGGCAGAGGCAGCAUGUCACCACCUGCCAGGAACUACGAUGAAGUCGGAGUAGAUUUCGUUCUGGCGCUGGAAAGACCAUGCAUGGAGCAUAUGAUACCGCUCACUUCUAACUCCGUCAACAACCCACAGGCGGACUUCCACGGGCACGCGCUGAUGAUCUCGUGCCCGCCGGAGUACCAUAGCAUGCAGCAUCCGGGUAUUACCUGGGAGCCGCCAAAGAAUCUAGAUCUGCAGACGCCAGACCUGUCCGUUCUUUUUCACCUGUCGAGUAGAUUGCAAUUGGAAGGGGAGAUGACGCCUAUUGCGGUAUGGGCGACUAUUGCACGCCAUGAGCGGUUUGCCGAGUUGGAGCUUGGUGAUUUUGAGUUGGUGAAGCAGGAGCUCCUGCCCAAGGUCAAGUGCCACGGCUUUGGUGCCGUCGUCGAGGAAUUUGAAGUAAGCGAUGCUUUGAGUCGCCUUUUCGCAAACAAGCUCCGUCUGGCGUUCUGAUAUGUUUGAAGGGGGAGGGCUUCUGAGGUUUACUAUUUCGUUUUAUUUCGUAAUAUAUAUUUUGUUCUUCUCAGUUGUAUCAUGGUGGUUUUGUUUGGAAGGUUACGCCCUACUUGUUUACAGCUCUCUAUCAUGGGUUAGGAAUUGAAACGUUUUUAGUCAUUUCACUUCUGUUUCCCC